AUGGCAAUAACAUCCUCCAAUCUGGGAGUAUUGCUUUGCCUUGCUCUCUUUUCGCAUCUCGCAUUUUCAGCUCCUAUCGAUCGCAAAGGCAUUCUGAGCUUGCUGCUUGACCUCUUGACGAAGAAGAACGACAAUGCAUGCUGCACAGCUUUGGACCGCUUUCUCCCGGGGAAGGUUUCUUUUCCUACUAACUUGAGCUACACAUCUUCUCAAAUCACUUUCUGGUCGGCACAAGAACAAAGUUUGCACCCAUCAUGUAUUGUCAUCCCGACCAGCACUCAGGACGUGUCGACCGCGGUCACCAUUUUAAACCCACUUCCUGCUACUGCAGGCCAUACUGACCACAAUUUCAGCCACACUCCUCACGCUGGAGCAGCCAACAUCGAUGGCGGAGUUACCAUUGACACACAGAGCCUCAACCAGGUGACCGUUUCGAGCGAUCAGAAGACAGUCAGUGUCGGACCAGGCAAUCGAUGGGGGAAUGUGUACAGUACUCUCGAUGCCCUUAAUGUGGCUAUGGUGGGCGGUCGCUUAAGCCAGGUAGGCGUUGCUGGCUUGGUCACGGGAGGUGGCGUCUCCUUCUUCUCCGGUCGCUAUGGCUUCGCUUGUGACAACAUCAAAGCCUACGAGGUCGUUCUUGGCAACGGCACUACCGUAACAGCGACUAGCACCAGUAACCCGCGCCUCUUUCGCGCUCUGAAAGGUGGCAGCAACAAUUUCGGCAUCGUGACCCGCUUUGACGCUGUCCUGUUUCAGCAAGACGCCUUCUUGGGCGGCCAAAUCGACCAACCCAUCACCAACAAGGAAGCCUACUUUGACUUCCUGGCCGACUUCACGCAAAGCGAGACCUAUGACCCCUUCUCUGCCCUCAUCACCGUCUUCGCCUGGCUCCAAAGUGUCCCUAUCGUCACAAUCAUGCACACAGUCACUUACACCAAUGGCUCCGCGUCGUGGCCUCCACCUGCCUUUAAGCCGCUCGAUGACAUGCCGAAGCUAUCAUCCAGCGUCCGCAAAGCCAAACUCAGCAGCUUCGCCAACGAAAUUGGCGGCGACGCGGCGAUUUCGCAGGGCAAGAACAACUUCUUCGUCACGCUGAGCUUCGUCAACAACCCUGCUGUCACGCCCGAGUUUAUGAAGCAGGUAUACAAGCUCGUCGACGACGCGGCACAGGACCUCUUCCUCGCGCUGGGCCUUGCCCUCACAAUGGCCUUCCAGCCUCUGCCGCACGUUCUGUACUCCAAAGGCGGAGACGAGAACGUGCUCGGGCUAGGACGCUUCGAGGAUGACCUGAUCAAUCUGCUUUUCACAGUGAUUUGGCCGGAUCCGCUUAAUAAUCAGAUGGUGUAUGAUAGGAUGCGGACACUGGAGAAUGCUUUGAUUGGGCUGGCAAAGGACAAUGGGAUAUAUAAUGAGUGGGUGUACUUGAACUAUGCGAGUCAGUGGCAGAAUCCGAUCACGGCGUAUGGGGCGAGCGAGGUGGCGUUUUUGAAGAGCGUGAGUAAGCAGUACGAUCCGCAGGGUAUCUUCCAGAAGGCGGUGCCUGGGGGUUUCAAGCUUGGGCUGUGAACGUGGACUGGACGUCUAGAUCAGAGAGUGGGGAAGGCGUAGAAACGGCGAGAAAAGGAUGAUCUGUUGAA